AUGGAUUAUAUAAGCAGGCUGCUGAACUCUGUGGGUGAAAAAAUCAAAGGGGUGAAAAUGGAGGGCAACAUAAAUCUGACACACUUACUCUUUGCAGAUGAUAUUCUGCUUUUUGUAGAAGAUGAUGAGCACUCAAUUCAAAAUUUAAAGAAUAUCAUCAACCUCUUCCAGCUUGCUUCGGGGCUGAGUAUCAAUCUAAAUAAAUCCACCAUUUCUCCUAUAAAUGUUGACGCUGCAAGAACUGAACAGAUAGCUUCACAAUGGGGAAUUUCUACAAAAUUUCUUCCAAUCAACUACCUUGGAGUUCCUCUCGGAGUGGCCUCGGUUAAAAAAGCUCUCCAACAGCCUGAUCAAAGCCUCUUAGACCUCCAAAGCCAAAACACUUUCAAGAAUCUUUGGAAGACAAGCAUCCCAAAGAAAUGCAUCUUUUUCAUAUGGACUCUGCUCUAUGAUAGUGUGAACACUGCUGAACAACUUAUGAAGAGAUUACCAAAUCUCUGUUCUAGACCGAGCUGCUGGAAACAGAAAACAAAGAAAAAUGUCAUUCUCUAUAACACCUAUGCCUCUGCCCUCUGGAACAUUUGGUUGGAAAGGAAUGCCCGUAUCUUCAAUGGGAAAGAAAAAACAGUUGCAGAAAUUUGGGAAGAUAUAAAAGCUCUUGCAGGACUAUGGACCAGUAGAUCUUCUCUUUUCUCAAAUUAUCAAGCUUCUUCCAUAGCACUAAACCUUAAUGCUUUUAGUUAG